CGUAUCCUAUUUUAAGUCUCCCCAAGAAGACUUCAUUCAUCAUCUAACUAAGACCCUUUCAAUUCUCCUCUUGUUUUUCCUCGAUCACCGAUCGCAAACAUUCUGUCUCAGGGAAAGGUUUCGUCGUCUUCUCCGCAGUAAUUACACAGAGCAGGAGCAUCAGUUUCUUCAAGAUCUCUUGAAGGAGAAAUUAGAGUUGCAAUAGAGAAGAUUUUGAGGAGACCAAGAAUCCGAAUCUGGUGUUGUUUCUUUAUAGCUGCAAAUCAAGAUGAAUGAUCUUAUGACAAAAUCGUUCCUCAGUUAUGUGGACUUGAAGAAACAGGCGCUGAAGGACCUUGAGGCCGGGCCUGACAUUGAGAAGAUGGGGCAGCUCGGCCCCACGGAUGAGGAGAAUCUAGCCCAAUUCUUCCAAGAGGUUGGUGGAAUCAAGGUUGAGAUGGAAGGGAUCACUAAUCUCCUCCUUGACCUUCAAGGUCUGAAUGAAGAGACAAAAUCCACUCACAGUACUAAAAUUCUUCGAGGGCUCAGAGACCAGAUGGACUCAGACAUGGUGGACGUUCUUCGCAAGGCAAAAAUCAUCAAAUCACGAUUGGAAUCUCUCGACCAAUCCAACAAAGUUAAUCGUAAUAUAUCAGCAGCAUAUGGAGAAGGAAGCCCAGUUGAUCGAACAAGGAUCUCUGUAACAAAUGGGUUGAGAAUCAAAUUGAGGGAUAUGAUGAACAAUUUCCAGUCCCUGAGAGAAAAGAUCGAUUCAGAUUACAAAGAAGGCCUGAAGAGGAGGUACUUUAAUGCUACUGGUGAGGUCCCUAGUGAGGAGGUGAUUGAGAAGAUGAUGAAAGGGGGCGAGCAAGUUCAGGUGUUUCAAGGAAAGACAGAGUUGAAUUUGGAGAAUCAGGAGAGGGAGGAGACUGUGAGGCAGAUAAAGAGAAGCUUGACAGAGCUUCAUCAGGUGUUUCUUGAUAUGGCUAUUUUGGUUGACACACAGGACCGAAAGAUUGACAAUAUAGAACAGAAUUUGGGCCGUGCAGGUGAUUUUAUCAGUGGUGGGACGAACCAACUCAUGUAUGCUAACAAGAUGAAGAGAAAGAGAAGGCGAUGGGUUUAUUGGAUUUGGGCUCUGCUGCUGAUCAUUCUUUUGAUCUGCCUCAUUGUGUCUAUCAGUUCUUGAAGGAGAGACCGUUCUAUUCGUGCUUGAAACUUUCUAACUGGUCCUUUUCUUUUUCUGGCAUCUAUCUGCUUAAGGUAGGAGAAGAUGAUGAUGCCUUGCAGUGAGAGUUCCUUUUUUUUUGUCUGUAAAUACAUCUUUUAUUUUGUUGCUCUCACGGGUAAUUUUCUUCUUGGCUAGUAGUGUAUUUAGCUUUAACUGCUAAUUGGAGAUUAUAUACUUCUUACCUGCA